CUCUAGAGAAGAUCAAACCCUAAGAUGGCAGGCAAAGGAAGUAAUACUGAUUGCAUGUCAUGCAGUGUACUGAGUUGGGAGCAGGUCAGCCGUCUGCAUGAAGUUCUGACAGAUGUGGUUCCAAUUCAUGGACGGGGCAACUUCCCAACACUGAAGAUAACCCUGAAGGACAUUGUUCAAACUGUGCGCAGCCGACUGGAUGAGGCAGGCAUCCAAGUACACGAUGUGCGGCUGAAUGGCUCUGCAGCUGGUCAUGUCUUGGUCAAGGAUAAUGGGCUGGGUUGCAAAGAUCUGGACCUAAUUUUUCAAGUGUCCCUUCCAAGAGAGACAGAGUUUCAGCUGGUCCGAGAUGUAGUGUUGCGGUCCCUUUUAAACUUCUUGCCAGAGGGGGUAAGCAAACUAAAAAUCAGCCCAAUGACUCUGAAGGAAGCCUACAUCCAAAAGCUAGUGAAAGUUUGCACAGAGAUGGACCGAUGGAGCUUAAUAUCACUCUCCAACAAACAUGGCAGGAAUGUAGAGCUAAAAUUUGUAGAUCGCAUACGACGACAGUUUGAGUUCAGUGUGGACUCUUUCCAAAUAAUACUAGACUCCUUGCUGUUUUACUAUGAUUGCUCUGAAAAUCCUAUGUCAGAGCACUUCCAUCCAACUGUGAUUGGAGAGAGCAUGUAUGGAGACUUUGAGGCAGCCUUUGAUCACCUCCGAAAUAGACUGAUAGCUACUAAGAACCCUGAGGAGAUCCGAGGUGGUGGGCUGCUGAAAUAUAGUAACCUCUUAGUGCGGGAUUUCAGGCCCACUGACAAAGAGGAGAUCAAAACUCUAGAGCGCUACAUGUGCUCCCGGUUCUUCAUAGACUUUCCUGACAUUCUGGAUCAGCAGCGCAAACUCGAGACUUACCUCCAGAACCACUUCUCCAAAGAGGAGAGGAGCAAAUAUGACUAUCUCAUGAUCUUGCGCAAGGUAGUAAAUGAGAGCACAGUGUGCCUCAUGGGACACGAGCGGAGACAGACUCUCAACCUGAUCUCACUGCUAGCAUUUAGAGUACUGGCAGAACAAAACAUCAUACCUGAUGCCACUAAUGUUACCUGUUACUAUCAGCCAGCACCCUAUGUCAGUGAUGGCAACUUCAGCAACUACUACAUUUCAAAUGCUCCCAUCCCCUAUAGCCAGUCUUAUCCCACCUGGCUGCCGUGUAACUAAUCUCUAACUGGAGUGUUUGAUAAAUGGAUUCUUGUGUGGUGGGAACCAUUAAUUAGCCCGAGAUUAUCUAAAGGGAAUCUCUGGCUCUGCUGUUUAGUGACCACACCACUAGACUCCUGGUUUAAAAGGGGCAAGGUGAAGCCUUUCAGGACCCUGUGUAUAGAAGCCACAAGAAGCCUUAUUGCCCUUAUUUUUGUUAGGGGAAGGGAGCCCAUGGCCUCAUGUUUGCAACUAGUUAUAAAUUUGAGGCCAUAGCUAUUGCACAUUUGAUAUAGGUACUUUAAUAUAGCUGCUUAUUCACUGAGAGGUAACUACAAGAAUAACUUGUAUGGAACCAAAGACAUUCUGUCCUAGAGCAGUAACAGGAUCAGCCUGUGUACUUCCUUAUUGCCUCCCCUGCUCACUUGACACUCCCUCCAUCUGAGGUAAUGGUCAGGUUUGUUCCCCACCUACCCCCCCAUUGGAAUAUUGUUGUAUAAGCUGUUCUCCCCUCCCUGCAACAGCUUUACAGAAUGGAUAUUGCCCUUUUUGUUUUUUUCUCCAAUGGAGGGGCUCCAGAAAUGAUUGAUAGCUGAAAUAGCUGUGUAUCUUUCCUAGAAGAGUUGAAAAUUACUUUUUUGGGAGUUUGACAGUAGGACUGGCUAGAAGUCCUCUCUUUUUUUUUUUUUUUUUUUUUGGGUGCCAAGUUUCUGAAGAGAAUUUCUCAGAUGACAACUAUUCCCCAGAAUGUGAACUUGUAUGUACUAAAGUCCUUGACACAAUUAAAACCUCAAAACAAUUACAAGUAUUGAAACACUGUUUAAGUAUAAAAUUGUCUGAAGCCUGACAAAGGAACAGGAAGCCUUUUUUGACUGGGCAAACCUUCCCAGGAAUGUCUUCAACUAAGACUAGCAUACCUAUGCUAAAGUUUAUUUUAAUAUCCCCUUUCUUCCACUUCUUCUCUACCAAGUACAGAACUAAAAAGGCAUGCUUGUUUCUCAUCAGAUGGGCACACUCCAAACACUUACCUAAAUAUAUCUGAGACUGUUAUUUAAAUGUGCCUUCUACAAAUGCAUAUUCCUAUACACCUUCAGGCAGGACCAAACUCUUACCGAAAGUAACCUAAUCGCUUCCUGUCUCACUGGAGAUGCACCUUUCCAAGUUCAACAAUAUUACUUUCACUAGUUCAAACAGCUCAGCUGGUGCCAUUGAGAGCUACUGAAAUUCUUCUCUACCACUUGAGAAGAGAUGUAAGCUUAAUGAGAUUGCUAAUUGGUGUAACACAGACAGAACAUCCCAUGAGGGACUAAAGGCAGAAAUCAGGCCAUAUUGCAUGAUUAAUUCCUGAAGUGCAGGCUAGGCAACCCCUUUCCUAUGAAGGGGAGAAUUGUUCUUCAAAGUGGUAUGUGUCUUGAAUCUAGUUAAGCGAGCUAAGCAGCCACCGUUUGUCUUGACUCUUCUAUAUUUCUUGAGGAAGGGUCGGUAUGUCUACAGUUAAACUCUCUACCAUAGAAGGGUAGCUGUUUGGGUUCAGGAAGGAGCCUGAGCUCCAGGACACUCCUCCCACCUGCCAGGACUCCAGAGCCCUGGCUCCUGCUUGAAUCCAAAUGUCAUUAUUGCAACUUUACAGUCCUGCAAACUGAGUCAGCUGAUACAGGCCAGCUGUGUGUGUCUGUGUAGAGACAAAAGGCGCUAAACCUCAGUUCUUCCAGUUUUCCAUAGCAGGGUCAGGAAGCUAGUUAAAGUACAGUUCAGCAGAGCACUUGGAGGUGUUAAGCUUUCUUUCCCUGAAGCAGAAAGAAGGUAAAAUCAUAACCUACACAUGGUAACCUUUAAGUACUUUGCCAAUACUUUAACAUGGCUUUACCUUUCUUAUGGUCUUUAGCAAUUUGAAAUUACACCUUUCUUCUCCUGUUCAAGCCUAUUGUGGUAGUGCAGUUCCAGAUAUGGAAUUAUCUUAACUGUUAAGCAUAGGAUUCCAACUUCUCUGCAGAGUAAAGUAGAAAGAAAGAUGAGGAUCCAUAUUUUCAGUAAUAAAGCUGAAUGGCAAAAGCUUGGGCAACACUAAUCCUGCACAAAAAUAGAAGGCUGACUCAUGCUAGAAUAAAAUUCUUCUAAUACCCCUUAAAAGGAUUAAAUUCCCCUUCCCACCAAAAAAAAACUAUUAGCAUGUCCAACUCCUUGAUGGCAGACUCCUAAGGACCGUUCCAGCAGGCCAUAUGUAAAAAUGCGAGACUAUUAGUUUUAGUUACUCAUAGCAUAAAAAGAGCUUAGCUAGGUAUGAGUCCAAAGCAGAGAAGAAUAAACUUGAGCCUAACCGGAGGCCACCUUUUUAAAAGAAAAAAAAAAAUCAAACAGCCUUAUAAGCAGCUGACUUUCAAAAGUGAGCAUCUAGCAGCUUCCAUUGACUUAACUGGGGCCUUCUGGGUGUACAGUAUUUUGCUAUCAAGUGUAAAUUGAGCCAUCUAUUCCUGAAAAGUUUUGACAGGUGAGGUGUUGCGUUCUGUGUUCUGAAUGAAAUAUUGAAUCAGUUUGAAAACUUUGAUUCCUCUUGCUAAUGUUCCUGGGGCUAUCAAAACUAAUGAAGAUCUAGGUGUAUGAAGCUGAAAACGUCAUACCUGGGCAAGUAACCGUCCCAAAACUUGUGUACAGGAACAAAUCAAAUGCAGGUAGUAUUGGAUUUUAUAAUGCCACUAACCAGUACAACUGGUAAGGAGAACACUCUCAUGAGUAAUAAUAUUCCUGAAUAUAGUGGCUGGCCUUUUCUAAUGGCUGGUUAGCCUCAGUUAUCAAUACCUGAACUGUAGGACUAACUCUGCCUCAAGAAGCAUGUUUAUUUCCUUCUCAAAUAUAUAUGCGUCUGUCAACACUGCUUUGUUACAGGCUCUAAUGGCUCUAUCAUACACCUUCCCCUCCUGGCAUCAAAAUGGGAGCAGCCAGAUUCUUGUGUGUUCAGUUCCCCUUUUUCCUCAGAGUUGCUGGGCACUGAGCUCUCUCAAAUGUUUCCUGAACCCAUAAGACUUGCUGCUGUUAAUAUCUGCUUAGGUGGUAUUGAGACAUCUACCCUAAACUCAGAGCUUAAAAAAAAAAAAAGAUGUUGAGGGAUCUGGCUAUCUGGAAGCUACCCAGCAAGGCUAGCCGUCUUUCUGCCAGAAGAAAAGGCUGCUAUGGAUUCCUGUUGUGCCAGGGGUAGUUAAGCUCUAGCUUAAUGAAACUUUUUUCAAAGUGCUGAUAUAGUAACCAGGUUCUCAAACUGCAGAGAAGCCACAUGCUUGAUAGCAACCCUUCUUCAAUAUCUUCAUAAUGGUUAGGUUCUUGGACUCAAUUUUUUACCUUUGAAAUACUCCUCCCUUCCUGCAUACCCAAUUGUAAAGCCCAAUCUAGCUCUAUACCAGGCUCUCAACUGGCAUUGAUGAAAGUGUGUUGCUAGAAUAUACUUUAUUUCCUCUGUGGUGCCUUCACAUCACAUUAGGACUCCAGCCCCAGCAAUCCUGGCCUAAACAGCCUGGCAUAAAUUGCUACUGCCAGUGAGCUUCUACUCAGUGGCUUAUCUAACACUAAAUCUUUUUUUUAAAGCUUGGGGUAAUAUGAGACUGAGCUCUGGGAAGAGCUUAAGUAGCAGCCCUAGUCUUAAAUUUAGGCAGCUCAUUUAAUUCAGUCUCUCCCAGUGGUAUCAUAGAUGCUUUUGCUUCCAUUCCAUGCUUCUGGUUCAAGCACAGGUUGAAUGUGGGUAAGAGGCUGAGCUGCAUUAUUGGAAGAAACUUCAUUUCCGCAGAACUCAAAUCUUGUACUAUCACAUCUCUUAUCUUCACAGAAACAUUCAAAACCACCAGCAGUGCAACUUGUAGUCUAGUUUGAACAACAGAGGAAUUUGUCUCAGUUUUGCUGAGCUAGCCUGCUUUGAGACUGAGGGUGAUUCUACACUGCAAGCAAAGGUGUGACUGCAGCAUGUGUGGACUCUGCUGCAUUUGCUUUCAGCUAGCUCACUCAUAUCUAGUUAUGCUGCAGUCACCCAGAUAGCAACAUAGAUAUAACUAUAGGCAGUACUAUGGGCCCUCUUGACAUCUGAUCUGUACUCCUGAAGCUUGGUCUAUAUUAUCACUGUGUGGCAAUGUUGCUUGGGUCAUGCCCCUGAGCAGCAUACUUGUACAGAUCCAACAUCUGUGUAGACAGUGGUGCAUCUAUGGGAGGCCUUCUCCCAUCUACAGAACUGCUGCUUCUUGAAGGGUGGAGUACCUAUGCCACCUCUGAGUCACCACUAUUCUGAAAGGGCAGCAGCAUUUUAACUAUCACCCAAUCUCAAAUGAAGCAACCACAUCUAGCCUCUGCUUAUUGAGUUAUCAGUUAGCUUUGAAGCUAAUGAAUACUUUUUAGGGUGGCAAUCUACCUCUAAAAGCCCUAUCCACUUGUGACUUUUUGAUACUUAAGUUCAAAUACUAGCUGUUUUAAUGUUAGCCUUAAUUUUUACCUCUUCCGAAUAAAGUUUGGUAAAAAUUUGAAAUUUCCAUUUAUAGAGUGACUUGCUGUUGAGACAAGCAUGGGGAUUUCUAUUGCUAACUAAUCUUGUGGUAACACUUGACUUACCUUUUCAAACCUCUUAAGAGUAUUUAAAUUAGGACUUUCUCUUCUCUUGGAGCUUCCUUUUAAUUUAACCCCUUAGCCUGUCCACCAGCUUGGAAUAGCCCUUCUCCUUUACUGAGGGACAUGCCAAAUUACACUAGAUCAGGGGUGUAGCAUUUUUGCCUGGCAGGAAAUGAGAGUAACAGGAAACCAGUUCCUGUCACAUCUGGCUCAGAGUUCAGGUUAACUUUGUUCCUCUCAGCCUUGGUGUCCUAUCUGAUGGGAAGAUUGUUUCCAAGUGCAGAAGUCUUGCUUCUCUAGUACUCUUAGCAUGUACCUGGUUCUGAUUGGGCUGUAUUCAUGGACACUGGAAAAAUUGUCAGACUGUUUCAUUCUUUUUUUGGUUGUCCCUGAAUGUAAAUGGAAGGUGACUGUUACUGGAGGAAUUUAGAAUAAUUCUGUUUUUUUUCUUUCAUAGACUAAAGUGACAUGAUAACCUUGCUUUAGGUUUGGGAAAAACUUGUGUACUUAACAAGUGGCUUUUUUUGUUUUAAUAGCAAACUAUUUAAAAGCCAGUUCUGGAAGUCUGCCCAGGGGUACUUUGGGAGAAACUGAUUUUAUUCUACUUUUAAUUUCAGAUGGGGUGGGGGAGUUGACACAACUGUGCCUAGACUCUGGAGGAUUUUCAAACUUACUAUGAGCCAGACCCUACCUAAGCACUUUGGCUCAGAAUGGUUGGUCCUUCUUAACUUGUUCACUCCCAUGUACUGUGAUCUCAAAUAGAUUGUUUGUCAUGUUUAAAAAAAAAAAAAUGGGAUGCUGGACAUUAUAGUUUUGAGUUUCCAGGACAAAUAAAGAAGGACUUGGCUGUCAUAUAAUACUGAUGAUUGUGUGCUAAAGUCUACUUAUUGGAGUUUGCAGUAAUAAUGGGUGGGUAUAAAGCUACACAGGUAUUCCAAAUAAGUCAUGUGGAACAGUGUUUAUAGCUUGUAUACCUAGCAAAAAGCAACUUCAUGUCACCAGUCUGUUUUUAGCUCAGUACCUGCUAUACUCAAGAGCAGUCUCAAAUCCCUAGGCCUAUGGGAACAAGGCUAUCCCACUCUUAGCUCUUCCAAGUG